AUGCGUUCCCCAGGCGCCCCAUGUGUGUUCCUUGGGAAGUCCGCUCUCCAUAGAGGAGGGGACAAGGCAACGUGGCCUGUCUCUAGACUGUGGCAAGUCUUGGAUCCAACUCUGUUCCGAAUGACUUUGGUGGCUGUUCUGUUGGCUCCUGUUCGUGGUGACUGUGAUCCUCCACCCAUUAUACCGUUUGCUUCUCCAAUAAACCCGUUUUAUGAUUCAAGCUUCAAACCUGGAACUACUUUGAAAUACAACUGUCAUGCUGGCUACAAGAAAAUCAAUUCAACCUGGAUUAGCUGUAAUGCUAAUGGUGAAUGGAACUACAAUGUCUUUUGUGCCAAGAAACAAUGCAAAAACCCAGGGGAAUUAAUCAAUGGGAAAGUGGAAGUUAAAACAGAUUUUCACCUUGGUUCAAUCAUAGAAUUCAGAUGUUUAAGAGGAUAUAUCUUAGUUGGCUCAGCAACUAGUCGCUGUGAAGUCCAUGGGAAAGGAGUUAGCUGGAGUGAUCAUAUCCCAGAAUGUGUAAUUGUCAAGUGCGAGGCGCCUCCUACAAUCAGCAAUGGGAAGCACAAUGGGAUCGAGGCUGUGUACACGUACGGCUCCACGGUCACCUACAGCUGCGAUCUCCACUACUCGCUCUUGGGCCAGGCUUCCAUUUCUUGCGUAAUGGAGAACACCACAACAGGUGUUUGGAGCCCAAACCCUCCUACCUGCAAAAAAAUUUUCUGUUAUCAGCCACAGAUUCCAAAUGGAAUUUUUGUCUCUGGAUUUGGAUCCCUUCAUACUUACAAGGAUGUCAUUGUCAUUAAAUGCAAGAAAGGUUAUGCCCUCAGAGGCAGCAGUAGAGUCCACUGUGAAGCUAACAAUGAGUGGCACCCUUCUGUCCCCACCUGUGAACUCAAUAGUUGUAUUGACUUACCAGAACUUCCCUUUGCUUCCUGGGAGAAAACUGCCUAUACCUCAAGGAGUCCGGAAAUAUUUGAAGUUGGAACUGAGUUGAAAUUUAAGUGCGACCCUGGCUAUAGAGUUAUUCCAGCUGAGCCUCUGACUGUGAAGUGUCAGGAAAAUCUGACAUGGUCACCUUCCAAAGGGUGUGAGAGGGUAUGCUGCCCAACACCAGACAUGGAGAAGAUCAUUAUCAUAAGCGACAGGAGAGACUUUACUGGGAUAUGUGUCUAUGCCUAUGGAGACUACGUGUCAUUCAUGUGUGAUAAAGGCUACUACCCGAUCUCUCCUGAUGGAAGGAGUUCCUGCCAGGCGGACGGCACGUGGAAUCCAAAAAUGCCCGAGUGUGAGCCAGACUGCCUACAGCCGCCUAGCGUCGCCCAUGGGCGCCACAGAGUUCUGUCUACGACUCCUUCCAGACAGGAGAUUAUGUAUGAGUGUGAGGAAGGCUACACUCUGGUCGGAGAGAGGAAACUGUUCUGCAUUUAUUCACGCUGGCUUCCCAGAGCCCCAGUGUGUCAAGCUCUGUGUCCAAAACCAGAAAUAGCAAAUGGAAAUCUGUCUGUGGUUAAAGCCCAAUAUGGUGAGAAGGAAAAUCUCACUGUGCGGUGCAACUCUGGCUACGGUGUGGUCGGUUCCCCAAGCAUCACCUGCGCAGAGAACAGAAACUGGCAGCCAGAGGUGCCCAAGUGUGAGUGGGAGGUCCCUGAAGGCUGUGAGCAGGUACUUGCGGGCAGAAGACUCAUGCAGUGUCUUGCAGAACCAAACGAGGUGAAGAUGGCCCUGGAGGUGUACAAGCUGUCUCUGGAGAUUGAACUCCUGGAACUGCAGAGGGACAAGGCAAGGAACUCUGUGCAGCUACCGCUGUAACUUUUCCCCGCAGAGAGGGGAGCGCAAGCCACCUGCUGCCUUCAGCGCAAUGGGAUCACAUCAGCCCAGCAGCUCUGGGUCUCUCUGGCACCAAUAUCCAUGGUAAUCAACAAUAAUCUUGAAUAUAAAUGAAUUAAACUCUUCAAUCAAAUGGCAUAUGGUGGCUGAAUGGAUUAAAAAAUAAGAUUGUGCUCUA